UAUCCAACAUGUGUAUGGAGCUCAGCAUCCGCCUUUUGAUCCAUUAUUGCACGGAACCUUGAUAAAACCGGGUUCAAAGCCACCUACAACUCCAGUGAAACUAAAGAAAGUCAGCACCUUCCAAGAAUUUGAGAGUAAUACAAGUGAUGCUUGGGAUCUUGGGGAUGAUGAUGAUGAACUCUUAGCAAUAGCUGCUGAAAACUUAAAUACAGAAGUGGUCAUGGAAACAGCUCACAAAGUAAUUCAGAAUCACAGCAAGUUACAAGAACAGCAUAAAUUUCAGGAAGAACAUCUGGAGGAAGAAAAACAAGUAGAAUCUGCAGAGCUGACUUCAGUCGCAUGUGGUGAUAAUAGGCUUGUUAAAUCAGUCAGUGAAGGUCAUACAUCGAGUUCAUCAGAUAAUGCUAGUGAAAAUUCUUCCAUGCAGAGGUCACAGUCCCUUCCACAAACUUCAACACCUCCCUUGGUGAGUGGAAUGGCAGACUAUAAUACCUCAGUUACUCCUCUGUUAACUGAAAGAGAAGCAUCCCGAUUAGACAAAUUUAAACAGCUACUUGCUGGCCCCAAUACAGAUCUUG